AUGUCAGAUCCAAAUCAAGGUAACAAUCAACAACAAUACGGUCAAAAUCCUAACCAACAGCAAGGCAAUAACAAGUACCAAGGUUAUCAAGCUUACAAUGCUCAAGCCCAACCUGCAAACGGCUACUAUCAAAACUACCAAGGAUUUGCCGGCUAUCAACAAGGCGGCUACCAACAGUAUGACCGAGACGCCGGUAGUCAGCAACAAUACAACCCACAAGGUGGCUAUCAACAGUACCCCCCACAGGAAGGUUACCAACAACAGUCCAAUCCACAAGGUGGUCGUGGUAAUUACAAAAGCUUCAACUAUAACAACAAUGUUCAAGGGUAUCAAGCUGGCUUCCAACCGCAAUCUCAAGGUAUGUCUCUGAACGACUUCCAAAAGCAACAAAAGCAAACUGCUCCUAAGCCAAAGAAGACUUUGAAGCUUGUUUCAAGCUCUGGUAUCAAGUUAGCUAAUGCUACGAAGAAGGUCAGCACAAAGCCUGCCGAAACCGAAAAGAAAGAGGAAGACAAGCCUGUCAAAACCGAGGAACAAAUCAAGGUCGAAGAACCAAUUAAAGAAGAGAAAAAAGCAGUCAAGACUGAGGAAAAGAAAGAGGUAGAAUCUGAACUACCAAGGGUCGAAGACUUGAAGAUAUCCGAAUCGACUGAUAAUAGCAAUACUGCUAACGUCACAAGUGCAGACACUUUGAUAAAAGAACAAGAAGAAGAAGUUGAUGACGAAGUUGUUAAUGAUAUGUUUGGCGGUAAAGAUCACGUUUCUUUGAUUUUCAUGGGACAUGUUGAUGCUGGUAAGUCUACUAUGGGUGGUAAUCUGCUAUACUUGACUGGCUCCGUGGAUAAAAGAACAAUUGAAAAAUACGAAAGAGAAGCUAAGGAUGCUGGUAGGCAAGGUUGGUACUUGUCAUGGGUCAUGGAUACAAAUAAGGAAGAGAGAAACGACGGUAAGACCAUUGAAGUUGGUAAAGCUUAUUUCGAAACUGAGAAAAGACGUUAUACCAUUCUGGAUGCUCCUGGUCAUAAAAUGUACGUUUCCGAAAUGAUUGGUGGUGCUUCGCAAGCCGAUGUUGGUGUUUUAGUCAUAUCUGCCAGAAAGGGUGAAUAUGAAACCGGUUUCGAAAGAGGUGGCCAAACACGUGAACACGCCCUAUUGGCCAAGACCCAGGGUGUUAAUAAAAUGGUUGUUGUCGUAAAUAAGAUGGAUGAUGCAACCGUCAACUGGUCCAAAGAACGUUACGAUCAAUGUGUAGGUAAUGUUAGCAACUUUUUGAAAGCGAUUGGUUACAACAUCAAGACAGAUGUUGCGUUUAUGCCAGUAUCAGGUUACAGCGGUGCAAACUUGAAAAAUCGUGUAGAUCCAAAGGAGUGUUCAUGGUAUACCGGCCCAACUCUGUUGGAAUACCUGGACACAAUGAACCACGUCGAUCGUCAUGUCAAUGCUCCAUUCAUGUUGCCUAUUGCUGCUAAGAUGAAGGAUUUAGGUACCAUAGUUGAAGGCAAGAUCGAAUCCGGUCAUAUCAAGAAGGGUCAAUCCACCUUGUUGAUGCCUAACAAAACCUCAGUGGAAAUUCAAAACAUUUACAACGAAACUGAAAACGAAGUUGACAUGGCUAUGUGCGGUGAACAGGUUAAGUUGAGAAUUAAAGGAGUUGAAGAAGAAGACAUCUCUCCAGGGUUUGUGUUAACAUCACCAAAGAACCCUAUCAAAAGUGUUACCAAAUUUGUUGCCCAAAUUGCCAUUGUAGAGUUAAAGUCCAUUAUAGCUGCUGGGUUUUCAUGUGUCAUGCACGUUCAUACAGCCAUUGAAGAGGUUCAUAUUGUUAAAUUAUUGCACAAAUUAGAAAAGGGUAGCAAUCGUAAAUCGAAGAAGCCACCUGCUUUCGCUAAGAAAGGUAUGAAGGUUAUUGCUGUUUUAGAGACUGAAGCUCCAGUUUGUGUCGAAGCUUACCAAGAUUAUCCUCAAUUGGGUAGAUUCACUCUAAGAGAUCAAGGUACCACAAUCGCCAUCGGUAAAAUUGUUAAGAUUGCUGAAUAA